GUUUGCACGCUGUGCAUCGUCUCAGUUGUUUUGAGGCGCUAGUGCAUGUCUACUGACCGAAGCUCUCACAGAGAGUUUCUAUCGGUCUCUGUCAGCCUUUAAAUUCUCCGCUCUCGUUUCCUUUCUCUUUGGAUUUCCCACUCUUUUUUGCAUCCCUCUCGGUUGUGUGCAACCCCCUAGUAACAAACUGUCUCUCUCCCUCAUCCAGUUCUUGUGCUCUUCGACGAUGUUGUACUACGUACGCCAUGUUCUCGGGUACGGAGAGUGCUGCUGACAGAAUGUACGGUACUCCAGAGAACAAUAAUCCGUAAUCGCGGGCCCAUGGUCGGUUCGCGUGUAAUUAAGGGCGUGUGCGUGUCCAGUGGUGUUUUAGAGUGCGUCUAAGUGUCGUGGAUUUAGUCCAACAAGCUUUCUAUCCAAGUAUUGUGUGGGUGAAAGUCAGAUUGACGGUGAAGAAGUAAGAAUUAAAUUGCUACGUGACGUAGGACGAUUGUCGCAUUGGGCCAUGGUAUCAUCGCGGCACGGGGCUUACGGCCAGGCCCCGUACCGUGGAUAAAUGCCAGCCGUACACAACAGCGAGGGUUUUCUAGUGUGCGGAGACAGGUCGCGGCCAUUUUUACCACACGAUGCGGCAACUGUGCGUGCCUGUUCGGUCCGCCAUUCCAAACAAUCGGUGUACGUGCCUUCGGGUACAUUUUGAUCGGAACGCGGACGCACGAUAGGGCCCGGCCCGUCCCAACGUUUGUACGUACGUACCAUACAUGAAUUUCAGAGCAAUCCAGUUUAGUUGAGUUACUCCAAAAAAAAAAAAUAGAGUGCAGUGUCUAAGAGAGUGGAGUGAUACUACAAGACAGAGCAGGGGGAAGGAGGAAAAUAGGAUCAUUGGGCGGAUUAGACUUGAAGGAUGUGUGUAUUAACAAUAGUGACUAUGAGUAUUUGUGAUAAUUGAAAAUUUUCAAAUCAGAGCAAUGAUAUGUUUAAACGAAAAGUGCGUGCGUGAGUGAGUGAGUACGUACGUACCUCUAGUACUCGUGCGUACUCGUAGUGGAAGCGUGAAGACAAAAACUGGAAUAAGAAAGCCUGAGCGACGGUGCCGAGCGUUGUCUACACUCCGAGCGAUCGAUGUGCAAGCUGUGGAUAUACCGUGUGAGGAAAGGAGAUAGGACUUGAGGAAGAAGAGCUCUCGUCGCGGUUAUUUAGCUGAUAAGAAGGGGAAAGACGUGCCGGGGGGAAAAACCUAAGGAACCUUGACAGAACAGUAUGUACCGCGUUGAGGUGGUGUCGGUGGUUGGUGUUUUCUCCAUUGGAGAUUGACACAAAAGAACACGGGGUGUACCCUGGAAGCUGACCGCCGUCGGCGCCGGCUCCUAGCGUGUCCCCGACGACGCGGUCUCCCUCUUUGGUGUGAGGAUCGACAUGGAGAUCGAGAUUAAACAGAGAAACCAGCGUAACAGGCGACGUGAGCGUGCCCAAAGGAUUCUGGCUCAACGGGAGAGUCUUGCAAGUGCAAAGCAACAACAGCAGGCGGCAAGGCAACGACCGGACGAAGAGGAUAGCCAUAGUGGUGAAGACGAGGAACCUGGUGGCCUCGGACUUGAACUCUCUAGGGGCAAUCGUCCUCGAGAUAAUCAUCCACGACCACCCCGCCCGCCCAGGCCACCCAGACCUAGAAAGAAGUCCUCCCUUGCCGGAGCCAACGCCAAGGAGCCACCCUUUGAGGAGGACAUUAUCGACGGAUUUGCCAUACUUGCUUUCCGUACUUACGAGGACCUCGAGAGUGCAAUAAAGUUAGCGGGUAAAAAUAAUGUGAAGAAGCUUCAUUCAUUGUUGUCGAUAGUUGAGGAAAAACCAAAGGUGGAUACCGGGCAGAAUAAUCGGCACAGUGAUCAUCACAUCAAAAAUCAUUUUAAGCACAAUCAUUACACACAUAAUUCCAUACUGACACCUUCUACUCUCAACCAGGGCCUCGAUGCAGGUACAAGUGACGAUAGCGGACGAGCGUCGGAACAAUUGCAUGGCCCUGGUAUACCAAGGGAUUGCCAGGACGCUGACAGUUCCAGGGACCAUCUCAGCGAUGCUAGCAGCCAUUGCAGUUCGGGUAAAGGUUAUAUCUGUGAUAGUGAAGGAGAAGACGAUAAGGGCUCGGAUGCAGAAUCGAUACUCUUUGAAUCUUCUACCCCACCUCUCCCACGUAAAUACGAGUUGCCAUCUUCAUCGCCGCACGUUCUGCCGCCGGCAAACGGCGCUGGGGGUUCUCCUCCAGACACCGGUGGACAAAUUUCAAAUCCAGCAACGGAUGCUCCGGCACCAAUACCUCCCCCUGUGCCUGCCUCAGCACCAGUUCCGACGGCGCCGAGUCCUCCCAGUCCAACGUUGCCCCCACACAUAUCCCAACCACCCAUGACUAGUCCGCUGGCAGCAAAUCCUCGUGCAAUAGCUCCACAGCAGCGGCCAGCGUCCCCUGCUCUUCCACCGCCUUCUCUACCGCAACAGCCUCACACUACGAUACCAGCGUUACAUCCGCCAAACGUACCACUUGUCUCGUCGUGUCAUACAACUAGUCCCGCAGUGGCAAGUCUCGGUGUGACGCCUGCAGCACCAUCGAACGGGGCUGCUACCACCAGUUAUCCACCGCCAAUGCCGAUGGCCGCGUAUCCACAGACGCAACCAUCGUAUCCGCCUCUCUAUACACCAUACACGGCGCUCAAUCACAGUCCUUACCUCCCUCCUGCUGUCCCGUCGCCUUCUCACUCAGCCUCAUCGCGGACCGACGUGAGAGGUAGUCGAGCUUCACCGUGCACCAACAUCGCCAAGCAGACCAUAGGAAGUACCACAACUAAUCACAACAGUAGUAGUACUACUCCUCUCAGCGCUGCCACUACCACCUGCGUGUCUACCAUAACAAACACUGUUACCACGGCCAACACUGUUGCUCACAGAGACAUUGUAGCAUGCAGUCUUGCCGGAAGAAACAAUAAUAAUUCACCACGAGGCCACAGUCCUAAUCGUGAGCGCGAUAGCUACAGCAGUAACGUGAGUACCUUGAGUCGAGGCAGUAUAACGCCUGUAAGUGUGCCAAACACCUCCUCCCCAGCCAAUUCUAGUCUACCCGCUUACUCUAAGGCUCAAGGAUGGAUCAGUAGCAGCACGACAUCCCAAUUAUCACCAGCAACUGCUACGUCGGUGCCAAGGCCAACUCCACCGCCGCCAGCCACUCUAGGAAUGCAUAACUUCCCACCACCAAUGUUUGCUGCGCCUCUUCCGCCACCAGUGUCCAGCUCCAGUCCUCAUACUUCGUUACCUUCAUUACCUCCACCAACCACCAAUCCAAAUCCAUUCUCUGCAGAGUCACUCUUCCAAUCAAGGGUGAACCAUGUUACAGGACAAACAGACCUCCUGAGGAGAGAGUUGGAUAAUAGAUUCUUGGCUUCUCAAGACAGAAAUGUUCCUGUGGCUGUAGGAAAUCUUGCACCACCACCGUAUCUUAGAACUGAAAUGCAUCAUCAUCAACAUCAACAUACUCAUGUACAUCAACACACUACACCGCUACUACCACCGCCUACUGCGACUACUCUUUUUCCUCCUCCAAUAUUCAAGGACAUUCCAAAACUGGGUGGAGUUGAUUCUCCAUUUUUUCGUGGGAAUAUCAGUACUUUAUCCAGUUAUUCCAGCUUUAAUGCCGGUUUGUUACAUCCCGGAAUGGGACCACCCUCGACGCCAUUUGUUCCUCCAAAUCACAUGAGCUCGUUUGCACCAAAAAAGACUGGAAAAUGGAACGCAAUGCAUGUCAGGAUAGCAUGGGAGAUAUAUCACCAUCAGCAAAAGGAGCAAGCAGAGGCCAAGGCUGGUAACGUCGUUAGUACGAAAACGGAACUACUCAGGCCUCCCGGUCAUCUCUAUCCAGGGGGUCCUGGAACUGGUCUUGGACUAGGAGCACCACCUAUCGCUCCACCAUUUCCUACCAAUAUGCCACCUAGCCAUCCUGCUGCUCCACCACCUCCUCAUCCUGUUGGCUUCCUUACUACUCCAACUUCACAUUUAGGUACGGGUAUAUCUCCAUUCGGUCGAUAUCCAGCAUCAUUUGGAACACCUAAUCCAAAUUUUCCAACAUUAUCAGGAUAUCCGACAACGCGAGAAAUACCUUCUUUAAGUGGGCUCACCACAACUGUUCAUGAUCCAUGGAGAGGAUUGCAACGAGCAACGACUGGUUUUCCCCCAACAACUGCUGGCUGGAGUCUAAAGCCUGAACCACCUGCGAUAGAUAGACGUGCCGAGUUGGAGGAACAACAACGAGAACGUGAGCGAGAAAGAGAACGCGAACGUGAGCGUGAACGUGAAAGAGAACGUGAGCGGCAACGUAGAGAGCGAGAACGAGAGGAGCAACGUGAGAGGGAACGACGAGAAAGAGAAAAAGAAGAGAAGAGGAAACAACAGGAGGCUGCGGAACGAGAGCGAGAAAGGAGAGAUAAAGAGCGUAGAGAAAUGGAAAGGCGAGAAAUGGAGAGGGAAAGAAUGAUGCAUCAAAAUCGUCACCACUCAGUGAUGGGUCGAGAUCGUUCGCCUUUGAGAAAUGGCUCUGCGGUUUCAAUGGAUCCUACUGAAGUCCGGGUCAAAGAGGAGCCACGAAGUAAAGAAGACGAUAUUGUCAUGCUUUCUCGAGCACCACCACCGGGACCUGGACCGGGACAAGGACCAAGUCCUAUUCCAGAUCCUAGGUAUCAUCAUUCCCAUCCUCAUACUUAUCUGGCACGACAUCCACACAGUAUGCCAAGUCCUCAUACAAUGUCAAGAAGUAUGAUUUCAUCAUUGAGUGGUCAUCCAAUGCAACACUUUCCACCGCCACCCUCAGGACCAGGAGGACAACCUACGGGACCCUGGACUUCAGAUCCAUUUAGAAAUCCCUAUCAGUAUGAUACUCUUCAGCAAUUGCGGUAUAAUCCGUUAAUGGCAGCAGCAGCAUUCCGAGCUGAAGAAGAAGAACGAGCUAAACUUUAUGCUGGUUAUGGCCCACCUUCAGUCAAUGCACUCAGGGCCAAAGACCCCAGUCCUGGACCACUUAGUAAUCUUCAUAUGCAUCACAGAGCAGGCCCCGGCCCUGGAGUAUCAGGUAGACCUUUAGAACCAUCGUUAAUGCACAGUGGUGAUAUUCAUAAAAAGGAGGACUCUUCUCAAUCACGAUGAUACAUCGCUUGUGUCCCGACAUCAUCGUCUUAGUGAAUGAAUGAAAAAUAAAAAUAUGGUGCAUCAUUAAAUGAUGUUCAUAAACCGUCUUGACUGUUGUCGUUGACAUGCUAAUAGAGUACUCAUUCGAUAUUUUUCAAGCGACGAGUAUCACGGGUAAAGAAAAGUGUAUAUAGACUCUUAUGAUAUUUAUAGACAUUGCGGAACAAGAUAAGUAGUAGGGGCGACAAAAUAUAAAUGUGCGUUUAAAUGCGUGACUUCUGUAAAUCCGUAUGAUGCCUUGAAGAGAAGAAAGAUAAAUACAAGUGAUAAAAGUGAUUGUCAACAAGGCAUUUCUAACAAAACAAAUUGAAUAGAAAUAAAUGAAAAAUCAUUGUGGUUUUUAUGAAUUCAAUAGUGUGACUGUUUAUUGCGCUAUAAACUUUUAUCAUUAAAUGAUCAUAAGUAUGCAUUACCGUUAAUAUCGUGUGUAAAAUUACAAACAAAUAUUGUAGGGGGUUACGACACAGCUAAUGCUACGUAAUGAAUUCACCGCUAGAACUGAACGAAUAUCUAGCAUUACUCAAACAAAAAAAAAUAAAAAAGUUAUUUAAUUAUUUAUUUAUUGUGAAAUAUAAAUAAUGAAUCUCUUGGAGAAGUAUGAAUAAUAUUAAGAAAGGUUCAUCUUAAUUUAAUUGAUGUAAUAUA